GCGCGCACCCCACUGUCACCCGGCCAGUGUGCCGGCGCCCCGACCCACGACCGCACGGCAUUCUCCGGGGCCCCGGCGUUUAGCAUCGAAAGAUCGGGAAACCACUUAUUUCGAAUAGGACGGGUAGAGCUGGCAUCAGCGCGCGGAGAUAUGAAAUUAAUAGAGAUGGAAAUCGCGCCCGAAGGGAAGAACUUUCGAUUGGUAACGGAAGAAGAACUGCCGGCGGUUGGCGAUGUUCUAGUGCAGUAUAUGCCUGAAUCUCUUAAGUUUCAUCAGACGAUUCAAACAUAUCUAAACAACAAGGUGUGGGACUUCCAUUUUUAUGUUGCGAAGAAUUGGCCGGAGGACCCAAUUUGCCUGCACUUCCCCGGAUGUACUGGAUCGCCAAACAUCGCCAACGACAUAUUCGAGAGCGUGACCGUGUUCUGCCCCUCGGAGCGCGCGGAGCUCGUGGACCUGCUCACGUCAGAAGACGUCCUGCUGGACCUGACGCAGCCGCUGUACCUCAACUUCACGCACGAGGCCAUCGUGAACCGCUUCGAGCGGGUGUACGAGGCCCAUGACAAGAUUACUGGGGAUGUUUAUGCGUGCGUCACGCCGCCGCCGGAUAAUGCUGCUGAUGAGCUCCCACCGGACGUGGAGCUACUCCGCCUGCAACCCGAAGACAUGAAAGCCGUGUACGACCUGUACCCGGCCAGCGACAUCGAGUGUCGCGAGGUGUUUGAAAAACUGGUGGCAGAGCUACCGGCUUACGGCAUCUUUGUGGAAGGGCAGCUUGCGGCGUGGAUGGUGCAGUCUUACUACGGCGCUAUGUUCUCGAUGCAGACUCGUCCGGAGUUCCGCAGGAAAGGUUACGGAAUAUACCUAGCCAGGCGCCUAACUAACGAGGUAGCGGCGCGCGGCUACAAGCCGUUCGUGGUGAUCCGGCCCGAGAACGACGCCUCGAGGAACCUCUACCUGAAGCUCGGCUUCGAGAAACGCUUCCGGACGGUGCGGGCCGUGCUCCGCCCCCGUUAGCCUGAUAAACGUUAAUCACUAGCAGAUUUUAUUUUUUUAACAAUUUUGAAAUCAAAUUUAGCUUGCGAUCUUUGAUCGCUUAGAGAAUUUUAGUAGUAGCUUUAAGAUUGAACAGCCAGCGCUCUCGGCUUUGGAUCUCUUAGGCAGUCUUUAAGCGUUUC